CUUAUCUUAUCAACCUACUGUUAAUAAACUCACUAAAACAAUAAAGACCCAGAUUUAAUUUUAACUCGCUUUACUGGCCUGCUUUAGCAAUGGCUAAAGGUGAUAGCUUGGAAAAAUAUUAAUCAGAGUCAGCUAUUUAAAGUCAGACAUGUUUUUUGGCAGUUUCUUCAGGAAAGUUCAUCUAACAGCCAUCAACCAUGAAGAUUCUUAGAUACCUCCUGGUUUACCGAAGGUUCCUGCUCAUUGUCCUCACCCCACUGCUUUUACUUCCACUUCCACUUAUCAUCAAAACCAAAGAAGCAGAAUGUGCAUACACAUUGUUUGUAAUUGCCAUCUUUUGGCUCACAGAAGCUUUGCCACUGGCUGUUUCAGCUUUGCUUCCUGCCUUUAUGUUCCCGUUGUUUGGUAUAAUGGGAUCCAAGCAGGUAGCAUCUGCUUAUUUUAAAGACUUUCAUCUGCUGCUGAUUGGAGUAAUUUGUUUGGCAACAUCAAUAGAAAAAUGGAAUCUUCACAAAAGAGUGGCUUUAAAAAUGGUGAUGCUGGUGGGUGUCAACCCUGCAUGGCUUAUGCUGGGUUUCAUGGUUAGCUGUGCUUUCUUGUCAAUGUGGCUGAGCAACACCUCUGCUGCUGCCAUGGUGAUGCCAAUCGUAGAAGCUGUAGCCCAGCAGAUCAUCAGAGCUGAAGCAGAAGCUGAUGAGCUGGAGAUGUCCUGCUCUAAUGGCUCCACCAACCCAGCACUGGAGCUGGACGAAAAUAUAGGAGAAUAUGAAAACCCAGAUUGGAAAGAGAAAGAAAAACAAGUUAACGGAUAUAACAACAAUGUGGGCAGUACUGCAUGCACAGUUGAAAAGGAAAAUGAAAAAGGAAAUGAACAGCAGAACCUACCACCUACUGAAGCAGAGAGAAAAAGCAGAAAGGACAAAUACAGUGGGAUUUUCAAAGUGAUGUGCUUAUGUGUGGCUUAUUCUGCUACCAUUGGAGGACUGACAACAAUCACAGGAACAUCGACUAAUCUGAUUUUUACUGAGCACUUCAAUUCACGUUACCCAGGUUGCCAGUGCAUCAAUUUUGGAUCCUGGUUUAUCCUUUCCAUCCCCAUUGCAGUUAUUAUCUUGCUGCUAUCCUGGGUCUGGCUCCAGUGGCUUUUUCUUGGGUUUGAUUUUAAAAACAUGUUUAGGUGUGGCAAGAAGAAAACAGCUAGAGAAGAGGCCUCAUCAAAGGUGAUUCAGGAGGAGUACAAGAAACUUGGACCAAUUAGCUACCCAGAAACUGUUACACUUGUCCUGUUCAUUCUAAUGACCCUCCUGUGGUUCACCAGAGAUCCUGGCUUCAUCCCAGGAUGGUCUUCACUUUUCCCAAAGUAUAAAAGCUAUAUUACGGAUUCAACAGCUGCCUUAGCAAUAGGCCUCCUGUUCUUUAUUAUUCCAGCAAAAACUUUGCCUAGGACAUCGAAUGGAGAAAACACUGUUUUUGAUUACACUCCCCUGAUUACUUGGAAGGAAUUUCAGUCAUGCAUGCCCUGGGAAAUAGCUAUUCUUGUUGGUGGCGGGUUUGCACUGGCAGACGGCUGCGAGGUUUCAAAACUUUCUGAGUGGGUAGCAAGUAAAUUGACCCCUCUAGGAUCAUUACCCUUGUGGCUGGUAAUCCUGAUAUCCUGCCUUAUUGUCACUUCAGUAACAGAAGUAGCCAGCAACCCAGCUACUAUUACGAUCUUUUUGCCCAUACUUUCUCCUUUGGCUGAAGCCAUUCAUGUGAAUCCACUUUUCAUUUUGAUACCUGCUACCUUGUGUACUUCCUUUGCAUUCCUGCUUCCUGUAGCAAACCCAGCCAAUGCCAUUGUGUUUUCAUAUGGUCAUUUAACUAUUAUGGACAUGGUGAAAGCUGGCUUGGGCAUUAACAUCAUCGGAGUUGCUGUAGUUAUGCUUGCAAUUAUGACGUGGAUAGUGCCUAUAUUUGAUCUCUAUACUUACCCAAGCUGGGCACCCAACAUUCCAACUACAAAUGGCACUGGGCUGUAAAAAAAAAACCAACAAAAAACAGUUUCUUUUUUUUCUCACAUGUGGUGAGUCACUUAAAAUGCUUUCAGUCACCACAAUGAUAAGGAUCUACAUUACUAUAAAUGCUGUAUCUCACAGUCCCAGAGACUGAUGAUCCAGUCUGAGAGUCUAAUCAGGAAGAGUGCUAGACUUUCUAAAGAUCAUAGUUAGAUCAGGUUUCUAAUCUAGUUCAGCUAGUCUGAAUUUUUAUAUCUUCAUGUUAUGAAGGUAAAAAUAAAUGUGCAUAGCCAUUAUCACUGGCAAUUCCCCCCCAUUCUCAGGGUAGCAAAAUAACAAAAUUUAGAUUUUAUUACUUCAAAUACAAAUCCUUGUUAUUACUUAUUUGGGGGUUGUCAGAGAGCAUGCUGGUUUUCUAUAUUCAAGCUCUGUUUGGAACUGUGUUGAUCAAAAACAAAAGAUCAGGGAGGGGACUGUCUUGAACCCAUAGUUUACAGACCAGUAAAAAAUGGAGAAGAGCGGCAUGGCCACUUACACAGCACUUUAUCUAUUAAGCACCUUGUAACCUGGAAGGAGAAUGCAUUCUUAAGCAUAUGUUUAGCCUACAUCCUCCCAGGACCUCACUAAAAUAUGUUGUUGCUCUUGUUAAAAAAAAUUAAAAAAUAUCUAUUUUUCUGGAUAGACAUAUGUUGAUAGAUCUGAGCUGAUCUGUACAAAUGGAGACUAAAUUAUCAUCAUACCUCUCUGCCAAAAGUAAAUAUAUCCCCUUCAGGAAUGAAACCAUAAGUCAGAGAUGAAGAUUUAACAGUCAGUCAAGUACAUCUUCACCAGAAGGCUCAUGAUAUCUGCAGGAUAGGUGGCAGUUUAAGGUUACUAGACUGUGUUAAUAUUGUAAUGUUCUAAACACAAAACAGUGCAAUGUGGUCAGAAUGUAAGCUGGAGUUCAAAGAUAUCUUCAAAUGAUGUUCUAUUUGGUUGUUACACGUUUUUCACCGUAAAGACUAUAGUCUUACCUGUUGUGAAGAUCCAUGAAAAUUUGCACAAAGCAUGUAAUUAGUAGUCUGAAUGAAAUCUGGAUGUAUUUAGAUUGGAUCAUGCCUUAGGAUGCCUGUAUGACAGUAGUAAACAUCAAUCUGUCUUUUAAAGAUAGUGCCCAUUUUUCCUAACAACAACAACAACAAAUGCUUUUGGUUUUUGAUUAAUGGUUUACAUUUAUUUUUGGUAGUGUGUAUUUAGAGAUGUCAGUCAUGACCUCUGUAAUGCCAGAAUGCAGUGUAUAACAUUGUUGCAUAUGUAGUUAGUUUCCUGUAGCUAUGAGUUGCAGGUUCAGCUGCAGUGAAUUAUUAAAGAAGCACUUUAAGUUCUGUGUAAGUAUUGAAGUAAGUACUGGUGCAUGUCACCACACUUUUAGCAGUUGAUUGAGGCUGCUAUCACAAUUUUUUAUAGAGUGGCAAAACAGGACUAUGACCGUCACUGGGCAGUCAAGAGCUGCCACUAUACAAAUAGUGUUUAUUGAUCUCCUGCAGUAAUGGUUAUAAUAACAGAUAUACAACACUUGGCCAAUGAAGUGAGGUACCAGAGGGAAAUGCUGAUACCAGUAACUAAUCCAAGAUACAAACCCUGGAUUAUAUUAUAUGGUAUUUUCCCAGAAGCAUGUGCAGUGCAGGAGCUCGUGGCUUGUUCGGGCCUUUGGUUCUGCAGGCAAAGAGUGCUCUUACUUUCUUUAAGUUAUCACCUUCCAAUUUAGUCAGUAAUUUCCCGAUUAUUCAAGAGCAGUGGAAAGAGUGAAUAACAGCAUUUCAAGUGGAAGGGAUCUCAGAAGCAUCCAGUCUUGCUCGAAACAAGGUUAUUACUCUGCUCAGAUCAGGUUGCUCAGGGAUUUGUCUAGACAUCUUGAAACUCUCCAACAUGAAACCCAACAUGCACAAUUUCCCUGACUGAUGUUCUCCAGUGCUUUACUGUCCUUGUGGCGAAAUAUUUUAUCUUUAAACAAAUAAGCAAACAUUAGUUUCAGGAUAAUAAACUCAUUAUUCUCCCUUUUAUUUGGGAUAGAUUAUUUUCUCUUUGAAAAACUGGUUUUUUUUUACUUUUUCAUGAACCACAAAAAAGGGGAGACAGUUCUCUUUGUGGCCUUAUGUUCACCACUCCCACUGGAUGUGAUAUUUUUACAGGUCUGCUCUGAAAAGGCUUACAAUCAUGUGGCAACUGUUGUUUAGCCAAAGGAAAUCUCUUAACUGCUUCUGAGCUGCCCCUGACUUUUAUUAAUUUUCCCAGUACAGAAUUGGCUGUUAUAACCUUAGCCUUGAAUAUGAUGAUGAGGUCUACAGGGGUCCAUGAAAGCACUUCUCCAUUAAAUCAGGUUUUGACACCAGUAUUCUCUCUUCAAGUUGCAUAUCUUCAUGGAAGAAAAUAACCAUUUUGCACCAGUUAUGAGAACUCUUGUCCACCAUCACAAGUGAUACAGUUUUGUGUCAGUUGAUUUUCAGCAGUUCAUUUACGUUAUUUUCUGAAUUAUUCAUAGAAUCAGUAUGACAACAAAGGCCUGACAUGUCUGAACCCUCAUGCCAUUCUGUCACAGAAUUUCCCUAAACUCUUUUUUCAGGGCAUAAAUUAUGGUUAAGUAUCUUAUUAAAGAAGAAAAAAGAGUAGAAUUGUUUAAUGAAGGAUGUGUUUUCAAAAACUACUGUGACUAAAAUUGGUGUAUGCAGUGGAUAAUACACAAAGAGACAAGGGAGUGAUUUGUAAAGUUGCUCAUCUCUUGGACCUCAUGUUUUUAUAAUUUGUUGAAAUGAAAUGCAGAUUUAUAUAUAAACUGACUUUCAGCAAUCAGCGUCUUACUUGUGUCAUGAUGUACUAAGUUAGUGACAAAAGUAAAUGAUUAAGCAUGAUGUUUUUGGAGACUGUAUCCUGCAAGUAAGCCAGUUAUGAACAAUCAAGUUGGUAGUACUAGGAAAAUAGGGUCUCAGCAGGAUUUUUGACUUGUUUUCCAGUAGUUUAAGGAUGGGUCAGAUGCAACGUUUGAGAUUAUUUGUUAUUAUUACUAACUUAUUUUUAAAGCUUUUAGGAAUGUUUUAAGUACAAAUUAACAACCCUGCAGUGCAGGGAUGAAUAUUGAUAUUAUACUCCCCACCUGAGAGCACUGAAAUGGAGGAAAAAGAAUUUCAGAGUGUGGAGAUCUGGGUACCCAAGGAGUGGAUUUAGCUUGGACUGCAGGCACAGAUCACUGUACUGAGCACCAGCAGAAACACACUCUUCAUAUGUUUCUAUUAUAUUCCUUGCUUUGACCAGAUUUUUUUUAGGACAAAUGGUGGAAAUGCACCUACAAUUAUUUUAAGAGUUGAUUAAUAUAUAAUGGCAUUAACUAUUUGUAAAUUGCUCUGUUCAUAAUUUCCAUAUAAAAGUUUUUUUUUUCUUUGAAUCAGAUGAGUCUAAUUAGUUUACUGUAAUAGUAUAUAAGUAAUAUUUGUGACUUACUAUUUAUUUGUGAUCUCAUUCCUGAUGAAUUAAAAGGAGUUUUAGUUAUGUACUUCACUGAGGUACGUGCCAGGUCUUCUCCUUUUCUAUGGCUAUGCUGUAUUUAGUGUAUUUUCACUUUAUUUGGAAGAAGUGCCUUUAGAUUACGAGAAACCUCAAACCAUGGAAAAUUCUUCUUGACUUUUGUAUUUUACAAUGAGGCAAUCAGAUCAAUCUUGAAGCAUGAAUCCCUUUUGUACUUUUAAAAUGAAAUGACUGUGUUUGUUUCCUGCCAGGGUCUAGCUUGUUUAAAACCAACCAGGCUAUAGCUCAAGGGCUCACUGAAGAGCAGUGCAGCACAGCAACUCAGAAGAGUGUAGCAAAAAAGAUCCCAGCUCUUACAACUCUUUGAUUAGGUGAAGACACCAAACCACCUCACAUGUGAAUAACAGUGACAAGUGCACUCUUGCAUGUUAUGUGCAGCUGCUGGCAGGACUGGAAGGCUUCUAGUGACCCCUUAGAUGUCCAGAGGUCUAGUCCUGCCCCUCUCCUGCCCUGCCCUUGGCAGCCCACAGUAGGUUGCCACUUUCUCUGAUGGUGACACCCGACUGCCCCAGAGCACCUGAGCGUGGUCAGGCCUGCACAUAGAUCAGUUUGCAGCUAUUAGUCAGAAAUGAUAACUUCAGUUAUCAGCAUAGUUCUUUGUCUCUGCAAACUUCAUUUGAUGGUUUAUGGUUUUAACAAUCACUUGAACUGAAUUCUUAUCAGUGUUAUUCCCUAACACUUUUGCCUUUUGUGCUUAGAAGCCUAUGUAUGUUUUUUUACCUGCACAAUGUUCAGUUUCUGUACAACUUUCAUUUAAAAUACAAAUCUGCUAUGUUUAAAAUAAAUAUUUUGUGACUUCUG